GAUCCAGAAGUUGCCACGCACAGGGGUGAAAACUCAUCUGGAAGAUGUCUGUUGACUCUGCUGGGCCUGGCAUUCAUCUUGGCAGGGGUGGUUGUCGGUGGAGCCUGCAUCUACAAGUACUUCAUGCCUAAGCACAAGGUGUACCGUGGGGAGAUGUGUUACUUCGAGAACGAGAGCAGGGACCGGGCAGUGGAGCCUUACUUCCUGCCCAUCGCCGAGGAGGCUGAUAUCCGCGAGGACGACAACAUCGCCAUCAUUGACGUCCCCGUGCCCAAGUUCUCCGACAGCGACCCCGCGGCCAUCGUGCACGACUUUGACAGG